CGUCAGUCCGCUACGCGCCCGCGAACACACCGUCUCAUUUCUGCGUUCAGUGCAGUGCCAGCGUCCGAAGUUAGCGCGUCUACCGGCUCGUCGAAAUGCCAUCGGAAAAAACCGUUUACCAGCCGAACCCGGCCCUGUCGAAGAUCGCGUACGUCUCCUCCCUCAACCAGUACCAGGAGAUGUACCAGCGGUCCAUCGACAACCCCGAGGACUUCUGGGGCGAGAUCGCCAAGCAGUUCCACUGGGAGACCCCCAUCGACAUCAACAAGUUCUUCAGGUACAACUUCGACGUCACCAAGGGCCCCAUCUUCACCAAGUGGCUGGACGGGGCCACCACCAACAUCUCCUACAACCUACUCGACAGGAACGUCAGGAACGGGAACGGGGACAAAGUGGCCUUUUACUGGGAAGGCAACCACCCGGACGAUUACAGCCGCCUCACCUACAAAAAACUCCUUGAAGAGGUUUGCAGACUAUCGAAUGUCCUUAAAAGUAAAGGAGUGCAAAAAGGCGACCGAGUUGCUGUCUACAUGCCCAUGAUCCUUGAAGCUGUAGUCACAAUUUUGGCGUGCGCAAGGAUAGGAGCCGUACAUUCACUGGUCUUUGCUGGAUUUUCCGCUGACUCAUUCGCAGAAAGAAUCCUGGACUGCGAAGCCAGAGUCCUCAUCACAUCGGACGGCGUAUGGAGGGGGGAGAAGCUUCUUCAACUAAAAAAUAUCUGCGACCAAUCCAUGGCCAGAUGCGCACAAAAAGGGCACAACGUGGAGACAUGCAUUGUCGUGUCCCACCUACAAAGGGUGACGGCUCCAAACGGAACUCAAAUCAAAACAAACAAGACCCCAAUGCAAGAAGGCAGAGACGUCUGGUGGCACGAGGUGGUACCGCAAGCUUCGACAAGCUGCUACCCGGAAUGGAUGCAAGCCGAAGACCCGCUUUUCAUGCUGUACACGAGCGGCUCCACCGGGAAACCCAAAGGGGUUCUUCACACUACCGGAGGGUACCUUUUGUACGCCGCCACCACCUUCAAAUACGUGUUCGAUUACCACCCGAACGACGUCUAUUGGUGCACCGCCGACAUCGGUUGGAUCACCGGACAUACCUACGUGGUCUACGGACCUCUGGCUAAUGCCGCAACUUCAGUAUUGUAUGAAGGUACUCCUUUUUACCCUGACAAUGACAGAUUCUGGGAAGUUGUUUCCAAAUAUAAAGUAUCUCAAUUUUACACUGCCCCUACUGCUAUCAGAGCCCUAAUGAAAUUUGACGAUUCCUUAGUGAAAAAACAUGAUCUUUCAACUUUAAAAGUACUGGGUUCGGUGGGCGAACCCAUCAACCCGGAGGCUUGGUUGUGGUACUACAGGCUGGUGGGACACGAAAAAUGUUCCAUCGUGGACACGUUUUGGCAGACGGAAACGGGGGGACACGUGCUGACCCCCCUUCCGGGCGCGUGUCCGAUGAAACCAGGAGCUGCAUCUUUUCCAUUCUUUGGAGUUCAGCCUGUAUUACUGGACGAGUCCGGUAAAGAGAUUAAAGGCGAAGGCGAAGGUUAUUUGGUAUUUUCGCGACCUUGGCCCGGUCUAAUGAGGACCCUCUACAACAACCACGAUCGAUACGAAUCGACCUAUUUCGCAAAGUUUCCCGGAUAUUAUUGCACUGGAGACGGCGCUCGCAGAGACGCGGACGGCUACCUGUGGGUGACGGGCCGCGUCGACGACAUGCUGAACGUGUCGGGGCACCUCAUGUCCACCGCCGAGGUGGAGUCCGUCCUCACGGAGCACCACGGCGUCGCGGAGGCGGCCGUGGUGGCGCGCCCGCACCCCGUCAAAGGCGAGUGCCUCUACUGCUUCAUCAGCACGACGGACACGGCCCACUUCGACGACAAGCUGCUCAAGGACCUGAAGCAGCUGGUGCGCGAGCGCAUAGGGCCGUUCGCGCAGCCCGACGUCAUCCAGGACGCGCCCGCGCUGCCCAAGACGCGGUCCGGCAAGAUCAUGCGCAGGAUCCUGCGCAAGAUCGCCGUCAACGACAGGGACGUGGGCGACAUCAGCACGUUGGCGGACAGCGCGGUGGUGGAGCAGUUGUUCUCCGCGCGGCCCGCCAACGCCUAAGGCGCGCGGCACUUUUAGACGUAAUUUAGUGAUAGGUUAAUGUGAUUGUAACUAAAUUGAAUAAUGGCACAUUAUCGGGGUUUCCGAAAUUUUCUCUCCAACUAAAAUCAAUUUUAAGUGUGUGGAAAGCUUUAUUCCUUUUUUUUUAAAUUAUAAUCAAAAUAAGUCUAAAAUGUUUUCAAAUUUUCACAAUUACCAAAAUUUUACAAUUUUGGACUUUUCAGUUUUAUUUAUAAAAAAUAAAGCUUUCACACACGUAAAAUGUUUAUUCAGUGUGUGGGUUUCUUUAGACGAAAAUGUUUCGUAAUUUCAAAAAAUUUAUAAAUUUCCAAAAUCUUCUCGCUAAUAAAAAAUCAAUUUGAAGUGUGUGCAAAGCUUUAUUUUUUUUUAAUUAAAAUUAAAAAUAAGCCUAAAAUUAAAUAAUUCACAAUUACCAACAUUUUACAAUUUUUGACUUAUUUUCAGUUUUAUUUAAAAAAAAAUAAAGCUUUCACACACGUAAAAUGUUUAUUUAGUGUGGACGAAAAUGUUUCGUAAUUUCAAAAAAUUUCUAAAUUUCCAAAAUCUUCUCGCUAACAAAAAAUCAAUUUGAAGUGUGUGCAAAGCUUAAUUUUAUUUAUAAUAGCAGUAUAAAAUCAAAUAUUAAUUUUGAAAAUUUGAAUUUGUUUUAAAAUUUAUAACUUAAUUUCAAGCAUAUUAAAAAAAUAAAGGUUUCCACACACUAAAAAUUGAUUUGUAGUUGAAGAGAUAAAGGGUACACGUAACAUAUGUAUACAGUGUGUACUGUGAUAGCUAAACAUCAAUUUUAAGUGUGUGGAACCUUUAUUUCUCCUUUUUUUAAUUUUAAUUGAAAAUAAGUUAAAUUUGUUGUCUAAAAUCUAUACAAAGCUAUUUACACAUUAAAAAUUGAUUUUUAGUUGAGAAACUAAAAGACACCAUACACGAAAAAUUUGUUUGUAGUGUGUGGGUUGCUUUAGACGAAAAUGUUUUGUAAUUUCCAAAAUUUUUCGCCAAAUAAAAAUCAAUAUUAAGUGUGUGGACAUUUAAUAUUUUUUUUAUAAUUUUAAAUGUUUUAAAAUUUUUAAAAAAUCAUUUUAUGUUUCCAAUAUAAUUAAAAAAAUAUUUCUUUACUCAAAAAAUUGAUUUUUAGUUGGCAAGUUGGAGACCAAACCCGUUAAAUUUGUAUAUAGUUCUUCGUAAUUUACAAAAUUUUAUAGAUUUCUAAAAUUUAAAUUAAUUUUUUUUACAAUUUUCAAAAUUUUCGAUGUUUUUGAAAUCUUUAAAAGUUUCCAAAGUUAUUUUAUAAUUUAAGACUUCAAUCAUAAAAAAGGAGUUUCCAAACAAUAAAUUGAUUUUUUAGUUGGAGAGCUAAAGAAGACCAUACACGUACAAUUUAGACAAAAUUGUUUUGUAAUCUCCAAAAUUUUCUUAAAAAAAUCAAUUUUAAGUGUGUGGAAAGCUUUAUUUCUUUUUUUAAUUAUAAUUAAAAAUAAGUUAAAAUUUUCGAGUUUUUUUAAAUUUACAAACAUUUUCAAAACCUUUUAAAUUUUACAAAAUUGUUUUCAGUUAAAUUUCAAAAAACAAAGCUUUUUACACACGUAAAAUGUUUAUGUAGUGUUUAUUAUUUUAACAGUGUUAAAAUGUAUUAUUAUUACACCCAACACAUUUCAAAACUUUUUCUUAUUUUAUAAUUUUGACUAACCCCAUAUAGAAUCUAUGGUGUAAGUAAGCAGGGGCGCCCCUAAAAAUAUUUAUUACCAAAAGUAGUAAUUUAAAGGUGUGGCGUUACUGUUCGCUCUAUUCUACUACGUGCAACGCUGCUCUAAAUUAAUAUUUUUAGAAAAUGUACUCAAAAAAUGUAACGUAAAAGAUUAUAAUAUGAAAAACGUAACAUUAGAGAUAUUUUUAAAAAGCACAUAUAAUUUAUUAUUAUUACUUCUUUAAAUUUUAAGCAAUAUGACAAAUUUUAUUUUAUUGUUUGAGAAAUAGGUUAUGUUGAUGUAGUAUAUUUUAAAUAAUUUAUACCUUGUUAUAUAUUUGGCUGAUGAUCUUGAUGUUGUACCCUAUAAACUAUUUACAAUGUAUACCAAAUAAUAAAUAUAUUUAUUUUUUAUUGAAAGUUUUUGCACAUAAAUAAUGGAAGACUGCAUAAAUUGAAAAAGCCUUCAUGUUAUACAUAUCAUUCCAUUAUUGAAAAUCCAUUUUUUUUGUACAAAUGUAUGUAUAUUAUAAUUUUAAGCAAAUAAAAUCGUUGAUGUUACAACAGGGAUUGUUUUAAUGAUAGGAAUAAUAAAACCCACUUUUAAAUAUUAAUUUAUUUCUUAUAUAACGCAUCUAAGAGUUUCUAGACAAACUCCGCAGUUAAUUAUAAAUAAAUAAUACAUAAAUAAAAAUAUAUAUUAAUUUAACUAGAAAAUAACAUUCAACAGUUAACAAUAAGUAACAUGACUAUGACAAAUUGGCACCUUGAGAAUAUUGAAAUCUUCAACGUGUGGAAACUCGAGAAAAAGUGACUUGUGCGUCUAUAAUAACUUAUAUUCGUUUUAAAUUAUUGUAUUUUAUAUAUUUAAUACUGUUUUUAAGGUGUCUAAAAUAAAUCGCGCGAUUAUUUUACAAAACACUGCUCCUUGGAAGUCCUGAUUUUACUACACUGGAUUUUUUCUUUAAUAGUGCAAUUUAUUCUUAAACAAGUAUGUACAUUAUACUGGGCCAAAAAAAUCGACUAUUUUUUUUGUUAAGUACAUCGAAAAUAUUGUUUGGGGUGACAAAAAAAAAUAUGGUGAAAGUUUGAGUCCAUAAUUUCAAUAUUAAGAGGACUAUCAUCGCAAUUUUAGAUUUUUUUUCCGGAGCGAGUUUUAGUCUCAGAACUCCCAAACCAUUGAGUUUAACAAAAUUGACAAGAAUAUUUUUUGAAGAAAAUUGAAUGCUCUACAAAAAAGGUUUGAUUGAAAUUUCUCCGUCUGAUGAACCGUUUUCUUACAAUCAUGCCUUAAAAAUUGGUAUAGUUUUACAAUUUGAUCUUUUAACUUUGGAAUUUUGUAAUUCAUGUAAAAAUCAGUACCCGGAAAAAACCGAUAAGAAAUUCUUAUGGAAAAUCAAAUGCUACAAAAAAAGUCUUCUAACAUUUUUGGCUAAAUUCACUCCAUUAUAUCACGAGAACUAUGAAUUUAAUCGGUUAAACUAGGCUCAGUAGUUUUUUGUUUGGUUUUUGUUGGAAAAUGUUGAAUGCAAAAUAUUUUAAUAAAAUCACGAGACCGCGUAGCGGUCGAGGGUUUUAUUUUUAAUUAUUUUGCAUGAAACUAUUUUCCAAAAAGAAAAAUCAAAUAAAAAACUUACUGAGCAUAGUUUGACAGAUUAAAUUUAUAGGUUGAGUGAUAUACGUCUAGAUUAUUUUUCGAAUUAAAGGAAACUAUUUGACAAUUCAUAAAAUCUGACGUAUGUGUCAAAAUUUAUAAAUAUUUUUUAAAAGAAAAUUCCAUUAAUUUAAGGUAUGUAAUAAGUAAUAAUUGAUAUUUCGUAAACUAGAUAACUUAUUUUUAAUUGUUUUUUAAAAAAUGUUUGUUAAAACUUGUAAAUAACACCAUAAAAUCGUAAACAAAAAUCCAAUAUGGAGGCUAAAAUUUAAUCGCUGUUAAAUAGUUCUAGUGAUUUAAUCGCUUAUUUAAACGAAAUUUAUUCGAAAAUUCAAGGCUUUUGAUUGGUUCAUAUUAUAAUGAGGGAAAUAAUCAUAUAUUAUAUCACAAGAACUAUGAAUUUAAUCGGUUAAACUAGGCUCAGUAGUUUUUUGUUUGGUUUUUGUUGGAAAAUGUUGAAUGUAAAAUAAUUUAAUAAAAUCACGAGACCGCGUAGCGGUCGAGGGGUUUUAUUUUUAAUUAUUUUGCAUGAAACUAUUUUCCAAAAAGAAAAAUCAAAUAAAAAACUUACUGAGCAUAGUUUGACAGAUUAAAUUUAUAGGUUGAGUGAUAUACGUCUAGAUUAUUUCUAGAUUAUUUCUAUUCCAUUAAUUUAAGGUACCUAUGUAAUAAGUAAUAAUUAAUAUUUCGUAAACUAGAUAACUUAUUUUUUAUUGUUUUUUAAAAAAUGUUUGUUAAAACUUGUAAAUAACACCAUAAAAUCGUAAACAAAAAUCCAAUGGAGGCUAAAAUUUAAUCGCUGUUAAAUAGUUCUAGUGAUUUAAUCGCUUAUUUAAACGAAAUUUAUUCGAAAAUUCAAGGCUUUUGAUUGGUUCAUAUUAUAAUGAGGGAAAUAAUCAAGGUUAAAUUUGAAGUCAAAACGAAAUUAUUGUUUUUUCCGAUAUAGAUUUUUUUUUGGGUCAGUUAAAAACUUGGAUUCUAUUAUCGAUGAUAAUCUUUAUGUUACUGAAAAUUAAAAAAAAAAUAACACAUAAUUUUUUCGCUUUAAGAAGCUAUUUUCUUUAGAAAAUAUCAUUUUCACUGUUACCUAUUUAAUCGUUUAAAUAAUAACAAUCAUCUGACGGAAAAUUUCAUUUUAACCUUUUCUUAAAAAAAUAUUUAGUCAAUUUAGUUAAACUCAAUGGCUUGGGAGUUCUGAGACAAAAACUUGCUGAGGAAAAAAAUUUAAAAUUGCAAUGAUAGACCUCUUAAUGUUAAUAUUAUGGACUCAAACUUUCACAAUAAUUUCUUUUGCUACCCCAUAUACUUUUCAAAAAAAAUAGUUGAUUUUUUUGUACAUUGUACAUUAAAAAAAUAACACUAGUAACUUAUGAGUAGAACUGGUCAUAUAACAUUAACAAAUGUUUUUGUAAAAAAAAACUAAUUUAUUAUUUAUGCUUCUAUUAAACUUACUUAGUGAUUUGUCUUUAAAAACUACAAUAUAUUCGUUAUUUAACAUAUUUUAUUUUCUUUGGUUUCCAUACGUUGAUUGGCAUGUUGUGUGGUUAAUUAAUUACACUGGGCAACAGUAAAUUUGCUACUUUAUUAAAAUACGCGCCGUUAGUGUAUGUAUUUGUUAAAUAAAUAGUCAAAAAGUAUUUUUUGCCCAGUACAACCUAAGUAUCAUUAAAAACGUCCUAAGUCUGUGCGGAUCCGUAGGUACCAGGUGGAGGUCGAUAUUUUUUAGGUAACGAAUGCAACUGUCGGGAGUUAAAAGCGUAUUUGCGCACGUUUAUGUUUUUUAAGGUGUUUUCC